AUGCCGAAAAUUGCAAAUGUAACAAUCACAUUGCUGGUUUUCUUGUGUGGAAUACACCAAAGUUCCCAAUGCAGUCCUCCACGGGAUUGGAACCCUCCUACAAUUACCGAAUUAACUGAGAAAGCUCCGAUCGUUGUCCGAGGUUUCGUGGUUAAAAAAGUGGGUGACAUCAACCUAUACACAGCGUGCCUGCGUAUUUCUCAUGUCUAUAAAGGUUCAGGUGUAAAGAGCUACAUUUGUGUGUCAAGGUUUGGCUCAACAGCCGCGUGUCUUUCCGAUCCUGCUUAUGGAGUGGAGUACUUGUUCUUCUUGAACAGAAAAAUAAAUGAGAAGUUAGGAACUGAGUAUGAAGCUCGUUAUGAUACUAUACACUCCGCCACACGAGUGUUCAAGAAAAACUCGGAGGAUGAAGUUAGGGAUGGAAAAUGCUGCCCGGGAUCAUCGAAAAGUACGUAUCUAUAA